CCAGGGUCGUGCAUGCAGCGUUUCCGCUUCAGGACUUCAAAAACCGUGAAGGCUCGUAACAGUAAGGUGCAUGACCCAGCGGAUAAAGUCCCGGAAUCGUUCGAACACUACGCAAGACGUCUCGAAUGUAUCCAUGCAGGGAAGUACAAGUUGAGGGAAACAGGCAAACGUCUUCGACAGCAAAGUUGCCAGAUAGAGUGUCCGGCUCAGAUAAAUGCAUGCGUCCGUCGGGUUGGUACAGAUCCAUCACGGUGGGUGGUGUGCGUUACGAAGAUUGUAGUAAGCUUAGAGCACAAUCACCCCGUCAGUGAAAGCUUGUUCAAGCACCACCCACGGACAAGGCUUUCUAUUCCGGAUGAGGUUGUGCACACGGUUUCUAUUGUACAGAAAGCGGGUGCAAAGAAGAAAACCAUUCACCAGUACAUUUUGGAAAACUGCGAUCGUUUGCACAUUCGAGCCGUAGCCCACAAGCUAGCGGGGCUCAUUCAAGCCGGCCGUAGAGGAGCCCAGUCUGGAGCUCCAGGCUCGUCACGUGUUUCCCAGUCUGGAGCAGCAACACGUGCCAAAACUGAAAUGGGUCAAAGUUGA